AUGGCUGUGCAGGAGCUGGGCAUCAGCCUGUCCAUGAUGGGCGUGGCUGGGACCAUCCUGAUCUGUGCCCUGCCCAUGUGGAAGGUGACGGCGUUCAUCGGCACCCACCUGGUGGUCAUGCAGGUGUUCUGGGAGGGUCUGUGGAUGACCUGUGUGAGUGAGUACACAGGCCAGAUGCAGUGUAAGCUGUACGACGCUCUGCUGGACCUGGCCCCCGACCUGCAGGCGGCCCGCGGCCUCAUCUGCAUCAGCCUGGUGCUCGGGUGUCUGGGGUUCCUCAUCUUCCUCCUGGGGGCACGCUGCACCAACUGCCUGAGCCACCCGAGGUUCAAGGCCCGGGUGGUGCUGGGCUCCGGGGCCAUCUUCUGCCUGGCGGCCCUCACCACCAUAGUUGCUGUUUCCUGGUCGGCCAACUCCAUCAUCAGAGACUUCCACAACCCACGUGUCCCUGAGGUGCUGAAGAGGGAGCUGGGGGCAGCCAUUUAUAUUGGGUUUGUGUCAUCUGGGCUGCUAUUCUGCGGGGGGGCCAUUCUGUGCACCAGCUGCCCCCCACAGAGAGGCAGGUUUCCCUCCAGUGGGUACACAUUGGCCAGGGCACCCACACACAGCAGCUACGCCUUCAAGAACUACGUUUGA